AUGGAGAUGGUUUACACAGUGUUUUGGCUUUUUCUGCUUCCUUUCCCCAUUGUGGGAGCAGACUGGGAACCCAUUUUCAUUGCUGGCCCUCUUACUGAUGAGAUAGUAAGUGGACACACGAGAGCAGCGGCUGUUAAUCCGAUGGUGGCCCAGUCUGACUGUCAUCGACUUUCAUUUGCCUCCUUGCCAUCCUAUUUUGAUGAACUUUCCGCAAAUGGUGUGACGCACUUUAAGGUUUUUUUGAACUGGACUAACCUUCUUCCCGAGGGAGAUGCCCAGAAACCCAAUGAGGCAAAUGUUGAAUGCUACAGACAACUUCUCCAAACUCUCAGAGCUGCUCAUCUUAAACCAGUUUUAAUUCUACAUCAAAACUAUUUGCCAAAGUCUUUAGGCAACCGGUUUGCUUCAAGCAAGUCAAUGACCUUUGCUGACCUUUUUGCAGAAUAUGCAGAGUUUUCCUUCUCCGCUUUUGGUAGUUUUGUUGACACCUGGCUCACUUUCAGUGACCUGCCCAAGAUCUCGGAGGGACAGCAUGAUGGAGAUGUCCUAGCCCUUCCUCUCCAGGUGUUGGCUUCAGCACAUGAGAAGGCAUAUCAAAUUUAUCAUGAAGAAUACGCUUCAGAAGGUGGAAAAGUGUCCAUUGCACUGGAUAUUAGUGAUGCUGGACUAGCAACACCAGGAUCUUUCUUAGCUUCAGUUCUGGUGAUGCAUUUUAUUUUACUGGGACUUAAUGAAGGCAUAUUUGAUGAGGAAACUAAAACUCCGUACCGAAGUGUCAUAUUAGCCAGUUUGGUCCUCCAUCAGCAGGGAUACACGUUGAACUCUCUAGAUUUCCUCUCUCUCAGCCUGCAGUACAACUGUAAAAGGGAGGAAGGCAUCAAAAGCCUGCUGAAUGAGCUACAGCUUGCCACAGAUGGUGCAGAAGUUUUGUUCUUUAGCCUAAAGUUCUAUGAAUGUCCUUCCAUGCAAGAAAACAAACUUGCGGCAGUAGUGUCCAUGUUCAGUGCUCUUUAUGAAGGCCAGGGAUGGGCAAUGGGAUACGACGUGAGUGACUUCCUCGACAGCUCAUCCAUCCAAGCAGCACGCUCCUACACAGAAAAUGAAGCCAUCCAGCCAUCACCUAUCAACCAACUUUCAUCGUAUCAAAGGACUUGGCAAACAUUUUCUAACCAGUCUGCAUUGGAAAGAGACUCCUUUUUGCAGGACGUUUUCCCCAGUGGCUUUCUUUGGGGCACAUCAACAGGAUCUUUCAAUGUUGAAGGUGCCUGGGCAGAAGAUGGGAAAGCAGAGAGUAUUUGGGACCGAUAUGGGCAUCAAGGCCACGCCUACAUGAAUCAAACAGCCGAUGUUGCAUGCGACAGCUACCACAAGACAGAGUAUGACAUUUACCUGCUGAGAGGUCUUCAGCCAAAGAUCUACAAGUUUUCUAUAUCAUGGCCUAGGAUUUUUCCCAAUCUGAAUAAGAACAGCCUGAAUUCUCGAGCCGUGGAUUACUACAACAAACUCAUAGACAGCUUGGUGGAUUCUGGUAUUGAACCCAUGGCGACCUUGUUCCACUGGGACUUGCCACAAGCUCUGCAGGAACUCGGUGGCUGGCAAAAUGAGAGCAUCAUCAGUGCCUUUCAAGACUAUGCAGAUUUCUGCUUUACAACUUUCGGCGAUCGGGUUAAAUACUGGAUUACCUUCCAUGAACCCUGGGUCAUCAGCUAUGCUGGCUAUGGCACUGGGCAGCAUCCUCCAGGAAUUGUUGAUCCAGGAGUGACAUCCUAUAAGACAGCGCAUGUGAUUCUCAAGGCCCAUGCCCAAGUCUGGCAUCUCUAUGACAGCCGCUAUCGUCCCAAGCAGCACGGCAAGGUGGGAAUAGCGCUGAAUUCUGACUGGGCUGAACCCAAGACACUGGGGAGUCCGGAGGAUCUGAAAGCAGCAGAACGGUACUUGCAUUUCAUGUUGGGCUGGUUUGCUCACCCCAUAUUCGUCAACGGCGACUAUCCCGAUGUCCUGAAAUCCCAAAUCAAGGAGAAGAACCAGCAGUGCUCUGCCUCAGUUGCUGAACUCCCCGUCUUUACCGAUACGGAGAAGAGGUCUGUGAAUGGGACGGCAGACUUUUUUGCUCUCUCUCAUUACACUUCCCGGCUCGUCAGGGCUGCAUCUAACCUCAGCUGCACCCCAAGCUACACGACUAUUGGGGGCUUUGCUGCAGACGUGGACCCUUCUUGGCCCGCCACUGCUUCACCUUGGAUCUACGCGGUGCCCUGGGGCUUGAGGAGGUUGCUGCACUUUGUCUCCCAAGAGUACACAGGGAACAGGAUCCCCAUUUAUAUAGCAGGAAAUGGCGCCCCCACAGAUGACGGAAGCGACCUCAUCAAUGAUACUAUGAGACUGGAUUACUAUCGUCUCUACAUCAACGAGGCUUUAAAAGCUGUAAAACUGGAUGCUGUUGAUGUUCGGUCAUACAUUGCCCGGUCUUUGAUUGAUGGCUUUGAAGGCACUGCAGGUUACAGUCAAAGGUUCGGCUUUCACCAUGUGGAUUUUAAAGAUGCAAACAGACAAAGGACACCAAGAGAAUCUGCAUAUUUUUUCUCUACUGUUGUUGAAAAUAAUGGAUUUCCUAGAAUGAUUAGAAGAAAAUCUCUUCAGCCACUCAGAAAGGAUGUUUUCAACCUCAAAAGAUUGCCCAGUUUACCAGCUUCAGAGGUUCCCUCAAAAGCAAAGGUGGUUUGGGAAAAAUUUUCUAACCAGACUAAGCUGGAAAGAGAUAUAUAUUUUUACGGCACUUUCCCAGAAAAUUUUCUGUGGGGUGUUUCCACUUCUGCCUACCAAAUUGAAGGAGCUUGGGAUGAAGAUGGGAAAGGACCUAGCAUAUGGGAUAACUUUACCCACAUCCCAGGGAAUAUCCAGAACAAUAGUACAGGAGAUAUAGCUUGUGACAGCUACCACAAAGUAGAUGAGGACCUCUACUUAUUGAGAGCCUUAAGGGUAAACAGCUAUCGUUUCUCCCUCUCAUGGCCUCGGAUUUUUCCAGAUGGAAGAAACCGUUCCAUAAAUAGCUAUGGUGUUGAUUAUUAUAACAAACUGAUUGAUGGUUUAGUGGCCCAAAAUAUCACACCAAUGGUCACACUCCACCACUGGGAUCUGCCCCAAGCUCUGCAAGACAUCGGUGGCUGGGCAAACCCUGUGAUGGUUGAACUAUUUGACAGUUUUGCAGACUUCUGUUUUCAGACCUUUGGAGACAGGGUCAAGUUCUGGAUUACGUUCAAUGAGCCUUAUGUGAUUUCUUGGCUGGGCUAUGGAACGGGAGCUUUCCCGCCAAAUCUCAAAGAUGAUCCAGGCUAUGCACCCUACAAAGUUACUCACACCAUCGUGAAGGCACAUGCCAGAGUCUACCAUACGUAUGAUCAAAAAUAUAGGAAGAGCCAAAAGGGUUUCAUUUCACUGAGUCUCAUCAUAGACUGGGUGGAGCCAAAGAUGCCAAAUGAGCCCCGGGAUGUUGAAGCAGCCGAUCGCUUCCUGCAGUUCACAGGAGGAUGGUUUGCCCAUCCAAUUUUUAAAAACGGUGAUUACCCAGAUGCCAUGAAAUGGACAGUGGGGAACAGGAGUGAGCUGCAGAAACUGCCAUCUUCCCGCCUUCCAGUUUUCACAGAAGAAGAGAAAAACUACAUCAAAGGCACUGCAGAUGUCUUCUGCUUGAACUAUUACACAGCCAAGAUUAUAAAGCACAAGACCACCCGACUGAAGCCACACUCCUACGAGGAUGACCAGGAGCAGGCCCUGCAGACCGACCCUUCUUGGCCCGCCUCAGCACUGAAGGAUGUGCGCGCAGUGCCCUGGGGGCUGCGCAGGUUGCUCAACUGGAUCAAGGAGGAAUAUGGCAACCCCCCCAUUUACAUUACUGAGAAUGGGGUUGGCAGAAGAACCGCGUCUGAUGUUGACGACACCAGCAGGUUCUUUUUCCUCAAAACCCACAUCGAUGAAGCUUUGAAAGCCUACAAACUGGAUGGGGUGAAUCUCCGAGGCUAUGUAGUUUGGUCUUUAAUGGAUAAUUUUGAAUGGCUACAUGGUUAUGAGCCAAGAUUUGGUCUGCACCAGGUGGACUUUGAAAAUCCAAACAGACCACGGACUCCAAAACGUUCCGCCAUAUAUUAUGCUGAAAUCAUACAUCAAAAUGGAAUCCCACUGCCAAAAGGAGAGGAGUUCCUUUAUGGAGAGUUUCCAAAGAAUUUCUUUUGGAGUGUGGCAUCAGCAGCUUAUCAGAUUGAAGGAGCCUGGAGAGCUGAAGGAAAAGGCCUCAGCAUUUGGGAUCAGUUUGCUCACACUCCUUUGAAAAUUAGCAAUGACGAAAAUGGGGACAUCGCUUGUGACAGCUACCACAAGAUGGAGGCAGACUUGGCUAUGCUGAAAGAACUGAAGGUCACUCAUUAUCGCUUCUCCAUCUCCUGGCCUCGCGUUCUUCCUGAUGGGACCACCAAGCAUAUAAACGAAGCUGGCCUGAAAUAUUAUGAGAAGUUUGUGGACUCUCUCCUUGCUGCCAAUAUCCAGCCUCAGGUAACCAUGUAUCACUGGGACCUGCCUCAAGCCCUUCAGAACAUUGGAGGGUGGGAAAAUGAGACCAUCAUCCAGAGAUUUAAAGAAUACGCGGAGCUCCUUUUUCAAAGGCUGGGUGAGAAAGUGAAAUUUUGGAUAACCUUGAACGAGCCCUAUGUCAUUGCUAAUCUUGGUCAUGGUUAUGGAGUAUCUGCUCCAGGCAUCUCUUCCAGACCGGGCCGAGCCCCUUAUAUAGUGGGGCAUAACUUGAUCAAGGCCCAUGCAGAAGUCUGGCACCUCUACAAUGAAACGUACCGCCCCAGGCAAGGAGGUCUGGUCUCUCUUGCCAUCAGCGUAGAGUGGGCGGAACCAAGGAACCCUUCCAAGCAGGAAGACCGCGAUGCUGCUAGGAGAUACGUCGAGUUCUUUGCUGGUUGGUUUGCCCAUCCUAUUUUCAAAAAUGGAGACUAUAGUGAGCUGAUGAAAAGGAGAAUUCAAGAAAGAAGCAAGGGAAAAUCACGGCUCCCCGAAUUUACCGAGAGUGAAAAGCGGCGGAUUAAAGGCACCUAUGACUUCUUUGGCCUGAAUCAUUACACCACAAUUCUAGCCUACAACUUGAACUACUCUGCUCUUAUCACAUCCUAUGAUGCCGAUAGAGGUGUGGCCUCCGUAACAGACCGCAGCUGGCUGGGCUCUGGUUCCUUUUGGUUGAAGGUGACCCCAUUUGGCUUCCGAAGGCUCUUGAAGUGGAUCAAGGAAGAAUACAACAAUCCCCCCAUUUACGUGACUGAGAAUGGGAUUUCAGAGCGUGUGGAUGGGGGCUUUAAUGAUACCUGGCGAAUACAUUACCUAAAGAGUUACAUCAAUGAAGCUUUAAAAGCAAUUGUACGUGAUGGCGUUGAUCUGCGAGGCUACACUGUUUGGAGCUUGAUGGACAACUUUGAAUGGGCAGUUGGUUUUGCUGAAAGGUUUGGGUUAUAUUACACCAAUUACACAGAUCCCAAUCUAUCCAGAAUCCCAAAGGCAUCUUCAAAAUAUUAUUCAACUAUCAUCCAAUGUAAUGGCUUUCCAGAUCCAGCCAGUGGGCCUCAUUUGUGUCUAGAGCCACAACCUGAAGGUACCAUUAUGCCUGCUACUACUGUCUCACCUAACGAAACAACUGUUCAGGCAGUAAGGUUUUUGGGACUUGACUUGACUUCAUCUCAUGCAGAAACAGCCCUUUAUGUGCUCUUUGUGCUACUCUUGCUGGCAGUACUAGGUCUUGUUGUUUUUUUGUAUGUAUAUAAAAAGAAUACCAAAAAAGGCCCACCAAAAAUACCAGUCAAUCGAAGUAAAAUGUAA